AUUCGUAGAUAGACCAUUCCUACAAGCCACAAGCUUCACUCUCUCUCUCACUACCAAUAACCUCAACUAAGAUAAUUACAGUCAAUUCUAAAACAAAGAGGGAGAUGGCAAUGUCCGCAACGACGGCAGCGUAUAUGCCUCACAGGGAAUUGAUGCCAACACUAGUAAAACCAACCUAUAGUACUACCCUUUUUGUGUUGAAUAGUAACAUUACUAAGAAUAAUGCUAAUGUUGUUAGCACCAACAACUAUGUUACACUUACACGAAAGGCGGUAUGUUGGAGGUUUCUAGCAAGGAGCUCCGAUGAUGGGUCGGAGACAACUGCAACUGCCUCGGACGAGUCAUGGGAAGGAGAAGGUGAAAGCAGUCAAAUAGAAAUGCCUAAAGGACCUCCUUCUCUCAUUUCUCCCCUUAAUGUUGAGAAGGCUCUUCGUGGCAUUGCAAUUACAGAUGUAGACCAUUAUGCUAAUCUGGGGCUUCGACGAGGAUGCAGCUAUGAUCAGGUAAGGGCUGCAUACGAGACUAAAGUCAAGGAAAUUUCAAGCCAAGAUAUGGACGAGGAAGAACUCAACAAAGAAUUGGAGCUUCUAAAGGAAUCGUAUGCUAUAUUGUCUUCUGAAGAUGAAAGGAGGUUAUAUGAUUGGAGCUUAGCAAGGAGUGGUAAUCCAGAGAGAUAUACUUGGCCAUUUGAGGUUGACAUAACACAAACCUCUGAUUACGGCACUCCUCCUCAACAGGAACCUGAAGACGUCGGACCUACGAUCGCAGUAGGAUACUUCAUCUUAGGCUGGUUGAUAUUAUCUUUCAUUACAUCCAUCGCCCUCAACCGUUAGAAAGCAUGCUUAUUUCUUUCCAUUUUUUUUUAAUCUUGUAAGUUGUAAUCCAUAUUAUCUUGUAAAUAUGCACUGUAUAAUCUUAACCAUAUACUAUAAUAUACAAGUAUGAAUUGAAAAUCCAUGUUAUUUAUGCAA